ACCAUUUUCAUCAAAGAAAUUAAUUUCUCAGAUGACAGCUUCAAUCCUGAAAACAAGCGCACGUUAGAUCACAGUCAUCAUGCGGAAGCAAGUCCUCUCCUUAACCGAAGCCGCCGCUGCUAGAAUACGCCAUCUCCUAGGGCAGCGCCAGCGCUCUUUCCUCAAGCUCGGCGUCAAAUCACGCGGUUGCAAUGGCUUAUCCUACACCCUCAAUUACGCCGAUGAAAAGGGAAAGUUCGAUGAAUUGGUCGAGGACAAAGGUGUGAAGAUAUUGAUCGACCCAAAGGCCCUAAUGCAUGUCUUAGGAACUAAGAUGGAUUUUAUUGAUGACAAACUAAGAUCCGAGUUCCUUUUCAUAAACCCGAACUCGAAGGGGCAGUGUGGAUGUGGAGAAUCGUUUAUGACAGUGAGCAAUGCAGAAGCAGGCAAUCGCGGUAGUACGUCACAAACAUAAGUGAUGCAAGCAUAUUGGCAUAUUCUUCAUUUUAUAUUUACAGUUUAUUUAGGUACAUAUAUUAGUGGAAAAAAGACAGAUACAAUAGAAGGUAGUAUCUACCUACCUAUCUGAGUUUGGCUUUUGAAACAUGUGAAUUGGCAGUUUGUUGUGUAACUGUAUAUUGACAAGUAAUGUAUUAUUUUUUUCUGACUUUGGUGAUGUAAGUUUUUUCUUCAUGUGUUGUAUCUUUGAAAAUAAAUGAAGAACAAGGACAACAAUUUAAUUCA